AUGUUCGCCCUGGCGCAGUUCGGGGUGCUGUCGGCUUUGGCCACCGCGCUCACCUCCGUGCUGUCCGCGCUGCUGCUGCUGGCGCUGACGCGGCAGCUGUGGAGCCUCCGCUGGAGCCUGACCAGGGACAAGGAGAGCCGCCUGCCGCUGCCCAAGGGCUCCAUGGGCUGGCCGCUGGUGGGGGAGACCUUCCACUGGCUCUUCCAGGGCUCAAACUUCCACAUCUCGCGCCGAGAGCGUCACGGCAACGUGUUCAAGACCCACCUGCUGGGGAAGCCCGUCGUCCGGGUGACGGGAGCCGAGAACAUCCGGAAGAUCCUGCUGGGCGAGCACAGCCUGGUGUGCACCCAGUGGCCCCAGAGCACCCGCAUCAUCCUGGGGCCCAACACGCUGGUCAACUCCAUCGGGGACCUGCACAAGAGGAAGAGGAAGGUCCUGGCCAAAGUGUUCAGCCGCGGCGCCCUGGAGUCCUACCUGCCUCGGCUGCAGGACGUGGUCAAGUCUGAAAUCGCCAAGUGGUGCUCGGAGCCGGGCGCCGUGGAGGUGUACGGCGCCGCCCGCUCGCUCAUGUUCCGCAUCGCCGUGGGCGUGCUGCUGGGCCUGCGGCUGGAGGAGGAGCGCAUCGUCUACCUGGCCGCCAUCUUCGAGCAGCUGAUGAACAACCUCUUCUCUCUGCCCGUCGACGCUCCGUUCAGCGGCCUGCGAAAGGGCAUCAAAGCCAGAGAGAUCCUUCACGCCAACAUGGAGAAGAUCAUCCAGGAGAAGAUGGAGCGGCAGCAGGUGGAGGACGACUUUCAAGACGCCUUCGACUACAUGCUGUCCAGCGCCAAAGAGCACGACCAGCAGCUCAGCAUCCAGGAGCUGAAGGAGAUGGCGGUGGAGCUGAUCUUCGCCGCUCACUCCACCACCGCCAGCGCCUCCACCUCGCUGGUGCUGCAACUGCUGCGGCACCCGGCCGUGGUGCAGCGCGCCCGGGCCGAGCUGGAGGCCGAGGACCUGGGCUGCGACAGGCCCGUCACCACGGAAACAGAGGAGGAGGGGGACAAGCAGGACCAGGAGGAGGCGCAUCGCCUGCUGGGCCACGGGUCUCCUCGCUCCCGCUCUCACAUCCCGGUCCUGACCCUGGACCAGCUGAGCCGGCUCCGCUACCUGGACUGCGUGAUCAAAGAGGUGCUGCGCUUCCUGCCGCCCGUGUCGGGGGGGUACCGGACCGCCCUGCAGACCUUCGAGCUGGACGGUUACCAGAUCCCGAAAGGCUGGAGCGUCAUGUACAGCAUCCGGGACACCCACGAGACGGCGGCGGCGUUCCAGAGCCCGGAGCAGUUCGACCCGGACCGCUUCGGGCCGGACCGGGACGAGAGCCGCUCGUCGCGGUUCAGCUUCGUGCCGUUCGGCGGCGGCGUGCGCAGCUGCGUGGGGAAAGAGCUGGCUCAGAUCAUCCUGAAGACUCUGGCCGUGGAGCUGGUGGGGACGUGCACCUGGACGCUCGCCACCGACAACUUCCCCAAGAUGCAGACGGUGCCCAUCGUGCACCCGGUCAGCGGGCUGCACGUGCACUUCUCCUACAGGCACCCGUCGCAGACGCCCGACUGA